GGGAAAAGCAGGGGAGAGCGCUCCAUAUCAAGCGAGCCAGAGAGUGAGCUAGUUGUAUCACGUACUCUGGGAUCAUCUGUCUUAAAUGAACGUUACAACAGCAUAAAAAUCCUAAUACUACAAAAAUAACCGAAGCUAACCGGGACCGAGAUCAAAUAGCUACCCGAACAGCGCUGUUGGAACGCGUUAGCAGGAUCCUCCGAAACUCAUCGGAGAGGAGGUGAAACGGACGGAUAAAUCCAAAAGAAAAGAAAAAGCGGCCUGUUUUCCCAUCGGAUAUUCUGGAGCCGCUGUUGGAGGCUAGCGGCCUCUGCAUGUUUUAUACAUGUAUGCCGUUUGUUUUGCGUAUCCCUUGCUUGGAAGAAAGUUCUCACGCAGACUUCCUGUUUUGACUGUUCAAAUAAUCUGAGGGUAAAUAACGUUAUGGGGAUGAAGUGAGGCGGCCUGUUUUGUUUCUUCACAGCGACACCACCAUGGGAAACGGUGGACAAUAAACAAAUGUGCUCGUUUGUUGAACCUUUCCAAAUACCUGAAUGCAUCGGACCGGAGUGGUACCGGGGGGAGGAAGAACUUUUUUCCGCAGGAACGGGACCCAGGAACAAGAAAUGGAAAAUGUCUUGGAAUUAAGUCCACCGGCUUGAUUUGAAUGUCCGUAUAGCCUAGCUACAUGCGAUUAGACAUUGGAUAGCCAGCUAGCUAGCUCAUUGGGAGUCAGCUUUGACUCAAAAGAGCGCCAUGAAUGAAUAGAUCAAGCUAGCUAAAUAAUCGGAGCAACCUCAACCAGACUGUUGCCUAAGUAUUACCUAGUUAGCUAGCUACGUUUUCGAUGCAUUAUAUUCUUCAUGGUUACCUUCACUGGUGGCAGUUUAAUCAGUUUCAUGUUGCGAUCUACAAUGAUCAUCUGGGCGUAUUUUGUGCCAUGGAAGAGAGGAAAGCGAUAAGCCAAACUGGGGAUGUGCGGUUGAUUUGCCUGGUGCGGUUGAGUAAAGAUUUCUAGCUUGCUAGUUAGCUAGCUACACCUAGCUAGCUAGGCUAAAUGUAUGGUUUCACAUUCAAUUCUGACGUCGUGUCACACAUUCCCUUACAGCAGGAACACGGUCCCCUUCACGUUCUGCUCGGAACUGUAGCUUCCACGCUUCAUUUUAUUCAUCCAUGCCUUUUGCAAGAAUUGCAUGCUCUCCGCCCUUUUGGGCUCGGGUCAACGAAGUACCGAACCGAGACCGCACCGAGAUUAUUUGGCUCUGUUAAAGCGAUCUUUUUUCAGUGCAAACGUCGUGUCUUUUGUGUGCUGUUUUUCCCUCCACAACUACAUCUGGCUCCCUGGCGCCAAGCUGCUGCGAUGAACCCGGUGAAUGCCACCGCUCUGUAUGUGUCAGCUUGUCGCUCGGUGCUGCAGUGCGAUCCGCGGGACGAAGAGUCCUUAGCCGAAGUGUGUAAGCUGGUGUCUUUCUUCAGACAGUCCCUCUCCUGCCUUGUUUGCGGAAACCUACUACAAGAUCCAAUAGCUCCUACAGACUCAACUUGCCAGCACUAUGUUUGCAAGGGCUGUAAAGGCAAAAAGAUGAUGAUGAAGCCGUUGUGCAGCUGGUGCAGAGACUAUGAUCUGUUUAAGGAGAACAAGCAGCUGGCCAUCCUGGUGGAGUGCUAUGGGAAGCUGUGCGAGUUCAUUGCCGCGUCACCGCUGGGGCAUCGGGUCGCCAGCGCCGCGCAGGAGUGCCCGGAGAUCUCGGCCGCUUUGAGGCAGGUGGCGCCGGCGGCCGAGGACAGGCCAGACGAGCCCCGCAUCCCCGUGUCACCUAGCCCAUCGUGCUCCCAGAUGCCCUCCGCUCCCGCAGCCGAGGGCGGGGCCUGCCCGGAGGCGUCCGCCGAGCCCCGGGACCCGCCGGCGGCCGAGGCGAGGGCCGGCCUGCCCAGCCCCGACGGGCUGGACAGCCGCAGCGGGCUGAGCCUGGACGAGCUGGCGGCCAGCGUGCCCUCGCCGCAGAGCGUGCCGGCGUCCGCGGGCGCCACCCCGGAGGGCGCGGCCACCGAGGGCCCGCCGGACGUCCAGCCCACCGCCGUGCGCGACGCGGCGGCGCCCGGGGAGGAGCUGUGCACCGAGGGCAUCGAUAUCUGCGGCCUGAGCGAGGACGGCAAGCGUGACAGCAGCCCCCUGCUGCUGAGUGUGGAGGAGGUGCUGCGGACCCUGGAGGAGGACUCUGCGGUGACGGCGGGGGGCCCCAGCGGGCCCUUCGCCGACUCCCGCCCGCCACCGGAGCCGCCGGAGCCCAAGGCCGCCGCGCCCCGCCCCCCGCCGCCGUGCCCUCCCCCCGCGGCCCCCUACUCGGCGGCCACGCCGCGGACUCCGCGGCCGAACCGCAAGCGCUCGCGCUCCGAGAGCGACAGCGAGAAGCUCCAGCCGCUGCCCAUCGCCAGCCUCAUCCACGGGCCGCCCGCGGCGACGGCUGCCACGGCAAUGGUCAGGCUGGAGCCCGGCGUCCCGGCGCAGCCCAUGGCGGCCGUCCCCAACGGGGGCGCUCCCAACGCCAGCAAGGUGCUGCUGGUGUCCGGCAAGGGUGUGAAGAAGAGCCCCGACCUGGUGGCAAAGAAAGCCUACGCCAAGGGCAAGACCAAGGACAAAGCGAAAGACAGGCUCCCCGGCAACAACCUGCCGCCAGGGAGUCCUGCCAAAGCGGCGCACAAGAAGCCCCCGGAGAAGAAAGGCUGCAAGUGCGGCCGGGCCACCCAAAACCCAAGUGUUCUUACGUGCCGCGGACAGCGGUGCCCGUGCUACUCCAACCGCAAGGCCUGCCUGGACUGCAUCUGCCGGGGCUGUCAGAACUCCUACAUGGCCAACGGCGAGAAGAAGCUGGAGGCCUUCGCCGUGCCCGAGAAGGCCCUGGAGCAGACCCGGCUCACGCUGGGCAUCAACGUCACCAGCAUCGCGGUGCGGAGCGCCGGCACCAGCGGCGGCGUCCUCAACGUGGCGGCCGGCACGCCCGUCACGUCCCUGCUGACCGCCAGCUCGCACGAGGACAAGGCGCUGGGCGAGACCCUGGACAUGAAGCUUUGACUGACAGGCGCUGCCUACAAGCUCGCUCUCUUUGGCCGAGACUUUUUUUUUAAAAAACGCUUUAGGGAGACGGGGGGGAAGUAGAGGCAUCACUACACUAAGGCAGCUAUUGGUUCUGAUCCAGUUCAGAUUAAUGGUAAUACUUGCCAAAGCUCCUGUUGUAAGUCCCUUGUACCA